ACGCCCGCAGGUCUAUUGUGUUUCAGUACGAAAAAAAAGAGGGUGUGUUGAAUGUCCCAACGCAUAAUGCCAGAUGACGCGUUGAUUGAUACAUGUUGUAAAUAAAAAAAAUAUAAUCACAGAUGCAUUUAGUGAAUUAAACGUCGGAGCAAUCAAUAAAGUGUGACGAGGAAUUGGAGAAAAUGCAUGGGUGUGGGACGUCAGUGUACAGCACAGGAAGUUGAAUAAUACGAUACAAACAAGGACUCAUUGUUUCACCAAUUAAACAAGUUUUUGUCUAUUUGAGGUGAUUAAGGGAAAUAAAUAUGUCGUACAGCAGCGCAAGUGUCGAGAAUUUGACGGCGGAAGUGCAGAACGGCGGAAGCGACAGCAACAUGUGCCUGGAGCUGGCCCUGGAGGGAGAGCGACUCUGCAAGGCAGGGGAUUGUCGUUCAGGUGUAGCAUUUUUUCAGGCAGCAAUUCAAGCUGGAACCGACGACUUGCGAACACUCUCAGCAAUAUACAGCCAACUUGGUAAUGCGUAUUUUUACUUGGGGGAUUACGUGAAAGCAAUGCAGUACCACAAGCACGAUUUGACCCUAGCCCGUUCGAUGGGUGAUAAAUUGGGUGAAGCAAAAUCGAGUGGUAACCUGGGUAAUACCCUGAAAGUAAUGGGAAAAUUCGACGAGGCAAUGAUAUGUUGCAAGCGUCACCUAGAGAUUUCCCGAGAGAUCGGUGAUAAAUUGAGCGAGGGUAGAGCCCUGUACAACCUGGGGAACGUGUACCACGCCAAGGGAAAACAGGGAGGAAAGGGUCCUCACGAUCCUGGAAAAUUCUCCGAGGAUAUCAGGCAGUGCCUGCAGCAGGCUGUGGGAUACUACGAGGAGAAUCUUGCCCUGAUGAAGGACCUGGGGGAUUCAGCAGCCCAAGGAAGGGCCUGUGGUAAUCUGGGGAACACUUUUUAUCUCCUGGGGGAAUUUCAGAGGGCAAUUUUUUAUCACAACGAGCGCCUGAAAAUAGCUCGUGAAUUCGGUGACAAAGCUGCUGAGAGACGAGCCAACAGCAAUCUGGGUAACUCUCACAUCUUCCUCGGGGAAUUCGACAAGGCUGCACAGCAUUACAAGAGAACUCUGGUUCUUGCUCAGGAGCUUGGGGAUCGAGCUGUCGAGGCUCAGGCCUGUUACUCCCUGGGGAAUACUUACACACUUCUCCGAAAUUAUUCAUCCGCCAUUGAGUAUCAUCUGCGUCAUUUGGCCAUUGCCCAGCAAUUGAUGGAUCGCGUGGGUGAGGGACGUGCCUGCUGGUCCCUCGGUAACGCCUAUUCCGCCAUGGGCAAUCACGAGAAGGCUCUCCACUUUGCCAAUCUUCAUCUGAAUAUAUCCAAGGAACUUGGUGAUCCCAUGGGACAGGCCACUGCCCAGAUCAACGUUGCUGAUCUUCAGAAGAUACUUGGAAUGGAAAAUAACGAGAAGGAAAAUGACAAGGUAAAUAAUCAACCCAUUUCUGGCAAUUCUGUUGCUGCCUCCUCUCCUGGAAGAUAUCGGCUCAGGAGGCAGAGCAUGGAUAAUCUGGAUCUCAUCAAGUUAACUCCAGAUGGAAAGCAGAAGGAUAAUGAGACAUCACUGGCACGUGCUGGUAUCGCUCCCCAGCCAUCGCAAGAAGAAGAAGAGGAAGACUUCUUUGAACUUCUCACCAGGUUCCAAUCUGGGAGGAUGGACGAUCAACGCUGUGUUCUCAAAACUACCAAAAAAAUGAGAACUAAGGCGCCUCCACCAGAGAAAGAGAAAGACGGUGAUGAUUUGUUGGAAUUAAUUGCCGGAAUGCAGAGCAAGCGAAUGGAUGAGCAGCGAGUGACGCUGCCCUAUCUUCCAGGGUUAAACACCAAUCCAAAGACCCAAGCCGCUAUGAAAACACCUAUUCGAAAUCCCCAGGAUCCCGACGAUUCGUUUAUAGACAUGCUUCUGCGUUGUCAGAGCUCGAGACUCGAGGACCAGAGAAGCCCAUUGCCUGCAGCAUCAACGGUUCAAGACACAGAAGAGGAGCAAAACCAAAGAUCCAAUGGAGCCACUCGAUCUGGCACUACUGUACCCGAAGAGGACCUCUUUGCUCUCAUUCAGCGGCUACAGGCUGGUCGCAUGGAGGACCAGAGGGCCACUGGACCCACCAAAAAUCACUGAAUUCACAUCGACACACGUAAAAAAAUUCCAAGCCUAAAAAUCUCUAGGAAAAUUCUGUCGAAUUUUUUUACAGCAAAUGCUGUUUCUUCAUACGUGAAGUAUUCCUGCAAUAAUUUCUCAUUUAUUUAUGAAUAGGAUUUUAACUUUAACAGUGCCAAUUUAUUUUUAUCCUUUAUCGUGAAGGAU